AUGAAGAGCAGACCUUUGUUGUUGUUGGCCGCGCUGCCGGCUGCUAAUUACGCUAAAAACAAAAGCAACAACAACAGGCGCAUUGUUAACGUUUGUCACUUGUCAUUGCAGGUCAUCUCGCUGGAGGGCUGGACGGACAUUAUGUACUACGUGCAGGACGCGCACAGCUUCUGGGACUGGAUCUACUUUGUGCUGCUAAUUGUGAUUGGCUCGUUCUUCAUGAUCAACCUGUGCCUGGUCGUCAUCGCCACCCAGUUCUCGGAGACGAAGAAGCGCGAGAUGGAGCGCAUGCGGCAGGAGCGCGCCCGCUAUACGUCCACAUCGACGCUGGCGAGCAGCACCAACAACUCGGAGCCGGCCACGUGCUACGCCGAGAUAGUCAAAUACAUAGCCCAUCUGUGGCGACGCUUCAAGAGACGAAUGUUAAAGAAGUAUCAGAGGCAACAGCGGCGCGAGGGUCUGCUGCCCAAUGCGGACAAUCUGACGUUUUCGCCGUCGCGCAUCAAGUGCCAUCACCCGAACUGCCCCAAGUACAGUAAUCGCAAGCCGUCCAGCAUACAGGAUCAGAUGAUUACCGUUAUGGUGCCGCUCAAUUCCAACAACAACAACAACAACAAUAACAACAACAGCAACAGCCACAACAACAGCAACAGCAGCAACAAUGGCAGCGGCAACGGCGGCGCCGGCGGUGCCAGCGGAGCUGCCGGUGGUGCUGGCAGCAACAGCCAGAAUCACACCACCGUGGCAUUGAUUAAUGGCAUCAACGGCAGCACCGCCAGCGUCUCGAUGGCCCAGCAGCAACAGUUGGUGGCAGGCGGUGCCGCUUCGCAGGCGCAACUCUCCUCCUCGGACAACACGGAGCAGUCGCUGGGCGAGGGCAGCGGCUCGGGCGUGGCGCGGCGCACCUCCUCGAUGAAGAAGCCCACCGCCCAGCAUGGCCACGGCCACGGCCUGCAGCUGAAACCGGAGGCAGCUGGCGGCGAGCAGAAGACGAUUCUGCUCAAGCUGCCACAGCAGGUCAUGGACUCGGACCAACUGAUCCUGCAGUUGGGAAAUUUAGGCAAGAGCCAUCCAUGCACCUCGGGCUUCCUCAGUCCGCCCACCUCGGCCAGCCGCCGUCCCUCGGUGAUGUUCAAUGAGUACGUGCUGCUGCACACUCCGCCAGCGUUGAGCAAUGAGCCAACAGCAGCAGCAGCAGCUGCUGCCGCUGCCACAACAACAGCAGCAACAGCUAUAGCAACCACUGCAACAGCAGCAGCAGCAGCAGCAGCGGCAACAACAACAGCUGCAGCAGCAAUGGCCACAGCAACAACUAGCAUUGGCAGCAGCAGCGGCGGCAACAUCCACUCCAUGGAGAAGAUGACCCAGGCAGGAGACGGCAGCAUUUGGCAGGUGAAUCUACCGCAGAGCAUCGGCACCAUCGCCAAUCCGUACGCCGAGUGCUCCGAGCUGGGCAUACACGAUGCGAUGACUUGUCAAGAGCUUUUGGCAUUCUCUGUGGCAUUUUCAGCGGCGCUGCCGACGGGUCAGAGCACGCUCGAAUCGUUCUACUCGUCGCUGGCGCGCUGCGAUCCGCACACAGUCGAGGCCCUGAACAAGGUGCAGCAGCAGAAGCGUCUGACAGCAGCAACAGCAGCUGCAACAACAGCAGCAACAACAGCAACAACAGCAACAACAGCACCGGCAACGGCAACAGCAGCAGCAGCACCGGCAACAGUUGCUGCUGCCGCUGAUAUACUCGACUCGAGUGCGGAUGUGCCGGCACCGGGACUGAGCCUGGAGCUGGCCGCUGUCUCGGCGGCUGUGCCCAUGGAGAAUCGGCGCAAGGAGCGCCCGCAUUUGCCCCACAACAACAACAACAACAACAAUAACAAUAAUAAUAAUAACAACAACAACAACAACAGCAAAAGCAAUCACAGCCGCAACACGGGCGGCGGACAGCGUCACCAUGGACAGCGCAGCCACGCCCCCACCGGCAACUACAUGGAGGACUAUGCCUGCUGCUACGAUCUGUACCAGAACGCCCUGUCGCCCCUCGACGAGCGCCAGCGUCCCCGCUCGCCAGCCCUGCGCCUGCUGAUCUCCGUCUACCGGUGCCUGAUGCGGGUCUGCAGCUGGAUACGGCGCUACAUCAAGCGGCUGGUCGAGCACAAGUACUUCCAGCAGGGCAUCCUCUUGGCCAUAUUGAUCAAUACGCUCUCGAUGGGCAUCGAGUACCACAACCAGCCCGAGGAGCUGACGGCCAUUGUUGAGACGAGCAACGUCGUCUUCUCCGGCAUCUUUGCCGUCGAGAUGCUGCUCAAGGUAAUUGCCGAGGGACCCUUUCGCUACAUAGCCAACGGCUUCAAUGUCUUCGACGGCAUCAUCGUCAUACUCAGCGCCAUUGAGAUAUGCCAGACGUUUGCGGGCAACGGCACUGGCGGCGGCGGCUCCGGUCUGUCCGUCCUUCGGACCUUCCGUCUGCUGCGCAUCCUGAAGCUCGUGCGCUUCAUGCCCAAUCUGCGACGUCAACUGUUUGUCAUGCUGCGCACCAUGGACAACGUUGCUGUCUUCUUCUCACUGCUCGUACUCUUUAUAUUCAUAUUCAGCAUACUCGGCAUGUAUCUGUUUGGCGGUAAGUUUUGUAAAUUUUUGGAUGAAUCCGGACUCGAACGCGAAUGCACGUGUCCCGAAAUAAUCAGCCGACAUCCGCAAUGUGAAUGCGAUCGUAAACACUUCAACAACAUUUUGUGGGCCACUGUCACAGUAUUUCAAAUACUAACGCAAGAGGAUUGGAACGUUGUCCUAUUCAAUGGCAUGGAAAAGACAAGUCAUUGGGCCGCAUUGUAUUUUGUGGCUCUAAUGACUUUUGGCAAUUACGUGCUGUUUAAUUUAUUGGUCGCCAUUUUGGUUGAGGGAUUCAGUUCAGAGCGAAAUGAACGUCGCGAACGCGAACAACGUGAAUUGGUUAAGAAACUGCGUGAAGAGACAUUGGCCGAAAAUUAUAGCGAUGGUAUGUACGAUGAAUCACGCAGCGAAGCGGAUUCAUCGACCACAAACGAUAGUUACUACGAGGUACGCAAUCGCUGGCGCAGUGCCGAGGAUGUGCGCAAGCUGCAGGAGUCAGCCGAGCUGAACAUCGAAGCCAAGAACAACAUUCAUCGCCAGCGUCUGCUGCAGCCCAUCCAGGACUAUCAGAUCAACGAGCUGCCCGCCCAAGGCGCCAGCUCUGCCUCGCUGGGCAAUGCCGGCGACAAGGAGGGCGAAGCCAAGCCGCGCGGCGGCCUCAAAAAGACAUACUCGAUCAAGGAGCGACGCAACGAGGCGCCACGCAUAUCGAAAAUGCGUCUCAUACGCGAUCCACCGCUCAUCACAACCACAGCGGCCACGCCCCAAGAUUCGCCAAGCACCACAAUGGAGCCGGGCAUGAGUUUUCGCCAAUGGGGCGACAUGGAGCCCGUGCCGCCGUCGCCGUCGCUGCUGAAGCCACCGAACAUUUUCAGCGGCGGGCAGCGGGUUCUGGACGAGGGCAUCCCGGCCAUAGAUCUCAUACCGCCAUCGCCGGUGCUGGCGCACAAGCCGCUCAACAUACUGAAUGCCAGCCAGCUGCAGGGGCAUGCGGGCACUGUGGGCGGCCUGGGGAGCGGUGGUGGCGUUGGCCUUGCUGCCGCCCUGGCCAGCAGCAUGCACAGCGUCAUCAUCGACGACAUCUCGAAGAAUUCCAGCACGAGUGCCGCGGCCACGCCCAUCUAUGUGCCCACCAUAUCGUCGGUGGCAUCGACACUGCAGCCGCCGACCGAGAGCCACAGCCACAGCCUCAAUCUGUCCGAAUUGUCGCUCAGCUCAGCUGUGGGCGGCGCCGGCGGCAGCAUCGGCUCGACCAGCUCCUCCAGCGAACGGCUGCCGCUGGCACCGCCGAGCAGCUUCAAGCAGCGCUUCCGUCGCUCCAGCUCCAAGAAGCGGCCCAGCCCACACCCACAGCGCCCCGACGAGCAGCACCCGGUCGACGAGGAGGAGCCCCAGCUGAACAACGGCAGCGGCGACAACAGCUACCUGCUGCGCAGCAGCCCGGUGCCGUCAAUGGGCAUGGCAGGCGGCGGCCCAGGGGCCAAGGACACGAACCGGCUGAGUCCACAGAACUCGAUCCGGCGGCUCUCCAACACGCUGAGCAUUGGCAGCGGCCCGGGCAGCCGACGCGCCUCGGCGUGCAUCUUCAACUCGCAGGUCUAUCAGAACCUCAACCAGCCGCCGAAGCUGAGGGCGGGCGCGGGCCAGCGGCGCAUGAGCUCCAUUGAGCUGGCCUUCAGCAAGACGUCGCACCUGAAUCUGCACAAUCUGGAGGCGAACCGCAAGUCGCUGUCCUACACCAACUCGAAGAUCGACCUGGACAAAUGGCAAAAGUCCUACAUGACCCUCAACGAGCCGGACAUGCUGCAACAGUACAUGGAGGCGCGCGACAAGCGCAAGAACUCCAUCAGCCACUACAAUCUGAAGAAGCGACUCGAGGAGAAGGAGCUGCAACAGCUACAGCAGCUGCACCAGCAGCAACUGCAACAGCAGCAACAGCAACAGCAGCAACAGCAGCAACAGCAGCAGCAGCAUCCACAGCAACUGGAAUCGCAGCUGCCGCCGCAGCAGCUGGCCAAGGAGCUGCAGCUGCUGUCCAUGCAACGACAUUCCAUGGUGCCGUGCGGCUCUAGCGGGGAGCACGUCUCGAAGCUCAAGAUGGUCAUACAGCGUCUGACGCCGAAGCACUUUACCGCCGAGCGCGAGUCCUACUCCAUGUACAUCUUUCCGGAGGACAACAG